UGAAAAAUCUAAUGAAAAGCAAAGAUCUUUCAGACAGCAGGUGGCAGCAUUGCACUGCUGAAAAAAAGGGCUGAAGGGCGUAACAAACCAAUGAAUGUGGGCGUGGCUAUGUGGUGCAAUGGGCGUAACUUGUCAUUGCUCAGAAUGUUUUGAAGCUUUCUCGAGGGUUAUAGAAAAUACUAGUAGUGGUCAUAUAAGCAUUUGUGGCUGUUGGCCUGAAUUAAGACAUGAAGAAAUACAGAGAACGAUGGAGAGCAAAUUCUGCAUUUUGACCGACACAGAAGACCUCAGAACCCUAAUUUCAAGUACCGAAGAGAGUCUGCAAAUUGAAAGGACAAAGACUUUGUUUGAGGAGAUCCGUGCAUCCAUCAACAACAAUGAUGAAGAGGACCGUUCCUUUUGGAGGCCUGUGCUCCCAUGGGGGGGCGUCUACACCAUCAGGGCGGGGAGGAGGGCCAUCUCAUGCACCCCUCUGUAUGUUAAGAUAAACCUAAAGAACACCUGCACCAUCGACGGGUUCCUCAUGAUCCUCUAUGUCAUCCUGAGAGACAACCAGAGCUUUCCCCGGGAGGUGGGCAUCUUUCUAGGCAGGCAGUUUGUAGAGCAUUUCCUCUACCUGAUGGACUCGUAUGACUACACCACCGUUAAGAUGCUGUGGAUCUGGGACAGGAUGUCCAAAAGGCAGUACCGCUCAGUGAUCCACCAUGCAGCGUUGGAGAUUGACCUGUUUGGUAACGAACAUGAGAACUUCACCAAGAAUUUAGAGACCAUGCUGUCCACCAUGCAGGAGAGCCUAUGCACCAAAUGGAGCUGUCCUGCUCGCUUCCAGGAGUUCUUACAGAGAACCAUCAACAUCAAUCCUCCUCAUGAGCUUCCCCAUAGAGAUCCCAUUCAGUCAGCGGUGGAGGAGUUCUUCUGUCCCAAAAUCAUUCUCUGCAAAGAACUGGGGUGUAAUGGGUUGAGGGAGUUCUCUCAGAGGGUCUUCUGCCACGGACCACCUCCUUUUGUCAUUCUCAACAUGCAGCUGUGGAAGUCUGAGGAGCUGUCCUACGUCCCUUACCAUCUGGCCCUGUCCCAACACAGGUACUCACUGGAGGGCGCAACACUCUUCAACAAGGAAGAGCAUCACUACUCUGCAGCCUUCCAGAUAGAUGGCUAUUGGAUGCACUAUGACGGGCUGAGGAGCGACAACCUGAUCCUGUUAAACAAGCCCCCUGAACUCCUGCUGCUCUCUUCCCUUGUCUACAUCCGUGCCUCAGACAAAUGAGAUGCACAAAGGUAACCAAGCAGGGAUGGGGUCAGAUCCAUUUUUCAUUACUUCGGGGUUUGAAUAUUUUAAUUUUAACCUUUAUUUAGCUAGGCAAGUCAGUUAAGAACUAAUUCUUAUUUACAAUGACGGCCUACCCCGGCCAAACCCGGACGACCCGGAAUAGAAUUGAACCGAAAUGGUAUUGACCCCAACUUUGUCACCAGGUUCCUGAAGGGACACAGAAGGAAGGAGGGACACUAGACAGCACUAAUAGGAAGGAAUUUUUAGAAAAUUGCUCACCUACACUUAAACCUUCCUGUCUUUCUUUUUAUUGCCCUUAAUUUACAGAAAAAAAUUAUAAUUUACCUUACAUUUGGUUAAUCAUGGUUUUGUCUUCCAUUCCUCAGUGAGAGCAUACCAGAGAACUUUUUUUUUUAGCACCUAAUCAUAUUUAAUGACAUUUGUAUUUAGUUGUUUGAAAAUGCUUAUACCACAUUUCCAAACUUUUUUUAGGAGAGGUCAUGUCAACAACGUCCUUGUUCAGUUUUAUACUUUAAGAUUACUUUUGAAAUGAUGUGCUCUAUUUUGCCUUACUGUUGCCUCUGAAAUGCUCAGUGUGGAAAAUGAUAAGUGCAUCUUCUCUUUGGGCAUGCUUGGAAUCCAAGAAUAUAUGUAUGGACUAUAAUAGUUCUGGGCAGGUAUGCAUAUUGAAGAAUCAACUCAUAACCUUUAAAUAGCUUUAUUGUGUAAAUGUUUGAGUUGAAAAGUUUGCUUGCAGCGUGUUCUCUUGGGUGGGAUGGGAUGGCUUUCAGAGAAGCAAAUUCAGCUAAUUAAACUUUGACGUAGAAUUGUCAACAGGGUAUAUAGGCUAGACCAGCAAAGCUUCUGUGAGAGUUGGUACAGGACUUACAGUAUCUACUACAAUCCAUUUGUGCAUACCAGCCCUGACUUCAGAUCAAACUGGUGCUUUUUUAUACUAUUUCCACUGUAGUUUGAAAACAUUAGAAACCGUUUAAGUAUUGCUUUGUAUUUUGUGGAAAUUCAAUCAUCAUCCUUGAUUUACUUGCUUGUUUUAAGUUGUCCAUUGGGCUUCAACUUGAUGGAAGUGAAAUGUCACAGUGAAAUUGUUAGAAUUAAUACAUGCUCAAAUAAUUGAAUAAAUUGCCAUAAAAUGUAUCAUUGGACAAAAUAUCAGUUCUGUGUUAAAUGUAAGUAAUUACUUGUACUUACAAGUACCCCAGCACAGUGACAUUACAGAAGUGCUUCUUGAGUGCUUGCUUGCCUUUCAUAGUAGCAUAUCCUGCACAAUUCAAUAAGGUGAAUUACUACAUCCCAAUCUAAAGAUGUCAAAACUGUAGUAAAUAUUAGUAUACAAAUGUGAUUUUGUAAUGCAUUUGAUCAUUUGGAAAUAAUGAACAGGGUUCAAUGCUCAUUGUCACAUUGUGCCUCUGCCAAUUUAUCAGUGUACAAUUUCAUUCUUGUCAGAACUACAUAACGAAACUGUCUUAUGAGCAAAAGUCCUUGUUCAUGUGUCUUAUUUCUAUGAUGUCAUUGUCUUUUUUUUAAAGCAAUACAAAUAUUUUUAUAUUCUAAA